CAUAAAAGAUUGCGUGGCGUGUAAAGUUGCCAGCUGGCGCGACGCGGACGGGACUUAAUCGUUGCUUUUCCCACAUAUAACAAUGACAAUCGCACACAAACGCAUUGAUGAGGGUACCGAAUUUGAUUAGGAAAAUGUGUCAGUUUGCGUUCAUACAAUCUCGGUAAACGUGGAAUACAAAGAUACGUUUAUGUCGACCGCUUUCACACGUCAAUCACUACACUGGGGUGAAUUGAAAUACUUUAGCUGACAAAUAUUUCAGUACCCUUGUGCUCACAGCAAUAAUACGUUUUUGUAAAAUGUUUUAUUUUUGUCGGAACAAUUUUGUUCGGCGCGAGCAUUUUUAUUCGGCACGGACAUAACUAUUUUUGCGGUAAAGUGAACUAAUCAAUAAAGCACUGCUGUUGUGUUGCUUCUAUCCUGUUCGUGGAAUACAGGAUACUGUCAAAUUCCGAUGCGUCCGCUAAACAUAAUUCGACAGAUGUCUUUCAAAAGCGUGACUUGCAACAUAGAACACUGCUGUUAGUGUAAUUUGCUUGCAAUAUUUCAACUUUUUCCACCUUGCAUAAACAUCGGAAUGAAAAAGAAAACCUGUACAGGGACUAGAAAGGGAAAAUGUUACAUGAAUUUCUGGCAGUUGGUCGUGGAUGUUACUUGUUGCUUGUUUGUGGUUUGCAGCCUGUACUUUUUAUUUCAAUAUUUACGCAGUACCAACAUAAACAAACGUUGCGAAACAUGCACAAACCGACCAGCACUGAAACUGAAAUGGGAUUUCCUGAAAAAUGUCAAGCAGCGACAAGGUGGGCCAGUUACCAAAUUAGACGUAGAAAGAACAAAGCUAACCAUGGAGCUCAAGAAGGAUGUUGAGCUUUGGUGGAAAACAAUCAAAGCAGAGUUACUUAAGUAUAAAAAUACCGCGAAUCAAAUAAAAUCGCAUGAAGAUAUGAAACGACCGAUGCUACGUGAACAAUAUAUGGCACUGGAUAUCAAAAUGGAAAACCUUGCAAGCUUGGAUGAGGGAUGGCAAAAAGAAAUUUCGAAAAAGUCCGCCAAAAAAGUAGAGAAAAUAAUCGACAAAUUUCAGAAUCCAAAACGAUGUGACGAGUUUGGUCAGCUUUAUAUUAAAGUAGAACGAUGUGGUUUUGGAUGCAUAAUGCACGAUCUUACCAACAAGUUGAAUAUUGCCACUUCGUAUAACAAAACAAUGAUUUUAAAAACCUCAACGUCUAUCUACAUGAGAAAAAAAAACAUGAGCGACAUUUUGGAACCGAUCAGCGAAAAAUGCCAAGUUCCUAUGAAAGGAGAAUGGGUCAUGGCAGACACAUUCUCAAAUUUAAAGAAAAAGAAGUUGUCAUAUAUCAAAGACGUAAUAUCGGGUCGUGCCUACGCGUUUCGGUAUCCCGUAUUCACUGACGAGAUGUGGGGCAACGUUGAAGCGUUUCACUCAGACCCAAUGGGCUGGUGGAUUUCGCAAAUGCUCAAAUCCUUGUUUAAACCAAAACCAAAGUUACAAGAAAGGAUUGAUUAUUACGCGGAAAAUGUUGACUUCUCAUCACCAAUCGUGGGUGUGCAUGUAAGACGAACCGAUAAGCUCACCGUACCUAAAGAGUUCGCUGUGUUCCGACCAUUGUCCGAAUUCAUGAAACACGUUGAGGAAUGGUACGACAAAUAUGAUCUUCGUCAAGCAGGACUUGGCAACAAUCUUAAAGUCGAACGAAGAGUUUAUUUGGCUUCUGAUGACCUGGCUGUGUGGGAUGAAGCGAAAGUCUUCGACAAAUACACCUUCCUUGGCAACAAGGAAUUCACGGAGCGAGCAAGUGAAAUUGAAACAAGGGACACGAAAUCUGGGUUAGAGGAUAUUAUCAUUGAAGCAACUCUGCUUUCCAAAUGUAACUUCUUUGUUGGAACUCUCUCUUCGGAGAUUGGACAAUUGGCAAUUGAAAUGAAGCAGUCAACACAACUGCAAGAUGUGUUUUACGACGCAAAGUCUAUCGAGUACGAAUAUGGACUUAUUGAGGGCCCAAAGAAAAUACAACUAGUCGUAUACAACAGCACUAAACCGCUAAGACACGACGAAAUUGAGUUGCUCUGUGGUGAUCUAAUGAUCUUGAAUAGAAAUUACUUUAACGGUUACUACUAUGGAACAAAUGUAAUGACCCAGCAAACUGGAUUUUACAAAACUCACUUAGUUCAAAACUUGCCGGCAUUAUUGGAUAUGCCGAAUGCUGCGCUUAAGGAGAUGCUGGUGCAGAUGUAUGGAGAAAACAUAGCGUGGUUAACUGAUUUCAUUAUGUAAAAGAAAUAUUUUAAAACUGUAUUACGCGACUGACAAUUUCAACGUACACAGGUCUAAAGUUGGAAAAGACUUAUUCGGAUAGUUUAUUGCAAUGCGUAAGCAUUUGAAAUAGGUCUUGUGUUUAUUCCCCGAAGGUGGAAAAAAUAAAAUGAGUUGAAAUAUUGUG